AUGGCAUCGAUGGCGAGUAUUUCAACGGCCCCUGUUCAGACAACCAUCCAGACGCUCGAGCGCAUUGGUGCUCACUCUCAUGUGCGGGGCCUUGGCUUGGACGAGCGCCUUGAGCCACAGGAUAGUGCACAAGGUAUGGUGGGUCAACGUGCAGCUCGAAAAGCAGCCGGUAUGAUUGUCAAAAUUGUGCAAAAUGCUAAAAUUGCUGGGCGUGCCAUGCUGAUGGCAGGUCCACCAGGCACAGGCAAGACCGCCAUUGCCAUGGGUAUGGCUCAAACGCUUGGCCCAGAUGUGCCUUUCAUCAUGCUUUCGGCUUCAGAAGUCUUCUCGCUGGAAAUGAGCAAAACUGAGGCAUUGAUGCAAGCCUUUAGAAAGGCUAUUGGUGUGCGCAUCAAGGAAGAGGCUGAAACAAUCGAGGGAGAGGUUGUGGAAAUUCAGAUUGACCGCAGCCUCACCGGAGCCACUAAAACAGGCAAGAUUAUCAUCAAGACGACGGAUAUGGAGACGGUGUAUGAACUUGGUAACAAGAUGAUUGAUGCUCUCCAAAAGGAAAAGGUGAUCGCUGGCGAUGUCAUCACAAUUGAAAAGUCUAGUGGCCGUAUUUCCAAGCUUGGCCGGAGCUUUGCGUGCUCGCGUGACUACGAUGCCAUUGGUAGCGACACCAAGUUCGUUCAAUGUCCAGAGGGUGAGCUGCAGCGCCGACGAGAGGUGGUACACACCGUGUCGCUCCACGAGAUUGAUGUUAUUAACUCGCGCACGCAAGGCUUUCUCGCGCUCUUUGCCGGUGACACAGGUGAAAUUAAGCCCGAGCUUCGCGAUCAGAUCAAUGCUAAGGUUGGCGAAUGGCGUGAAGAAGGCAAAGCAGAAAUUAUCCCCGGUGUGCUUUUCAUCGAUGAAGUGCAUAUGUUAGACAUCGAGUGCUUCUCGUUUCUGAACCGCGCUCUCGAAACUGAACUAGCGCCACUAGUGGUAAUGGCAUCCAAUCGCGGGCAAACUCGUAUUCGUGGAACGCGCUUCACAAGUCCUCAUGGUCUGCCAAUUGACCUACUCGAUCGGAUUCUGAUCAUCAGUACCAAGCCAUACUCUGAAGACGAGAUCAAACGAAUCCUGUCUAUUCGUGCUCAAGAAGAGGAUGUCAAUUUGAAGCAGGAAGCACUCGAAGUACUCGCUCGUAUGGCAAUGGAAACAUCAUUACGCUACACCAUCAAUCUUAUCACCACAGCGCACCUCGCGGCCAGGCGGCGGAAGGCUGAUGAGGUGGACGUUGCAGAUGUUCGUCGCGUCUACAAUCUAUUCGUUGAUGAAAAGCGGAGUGUUCAGUACCUGCAAGAGCAUGCGGCAGAAUUUAUGAGCGAGGAAGUCGUUUCGUAG